AUGGGGCCUGCCGAGACUCCUGUUCAAGCUGCUGGCCUCGCUGAUGGCCUUCAGCCAAGCCAUACUUAUGUUCCCAACGAAGGCUACGUGAACCCAGACAGCAACGAGUCUGACCUGGCGGGGCAAAAUCUCACCAGCCAACAAGAAGAAGAGGAAGACGAUGAAGAGUACUACGAUGAUAUCUUCGAGGAGGAAAUGGAUCAGGGCGAUUUCCUAUCCCAAAAUCCAGCCGAUCUGACCAAAGCCUACAACCGCCAACGGAAAUUGAACGAUCUGGCCGCCGACCCCAAUGCUCCGAAAUACACAUAUCCCAAGACCAAUACGCAGAAACCGACGGUGAACACCUACGCCGCCGUGGACGACCAGGUCAAGUCAUUGACUCGGCAUGCCGCCAAAAUCAAGCUCGACGACCAGCAGGCCGGAUUGUCCACUCGAGGCGAGCGCGGAGGAGAUAAAUCGGAUCGAGCGACGUCGGAGCAAGUGCUGGACCCGCGCACUCGGAUGAUUCUGUUGCAGAUGAUCAAUCGAGGCCUUGUUUCUGAGAUUCACGGAUGUCUCUCGACCGGAAAAGAGGCCAACGUGUACCAUGCCAUCUCGUUCCCGGACAACGACGAGGACGCAGCCCCGCAACACCGAGCGAUCAAGGUCUAUAAGACGAGCAUCCUGGUAUUCAAGGACCGCGACAAGUAUGUGACGGGCGAGUUCCGAUUCCGCCAGGGAUACAACAAGAGCAACAACCGAGCGAUGGUGAAAGUGUGGGCGGAGAAGGAGAUGCGCAAUCUUCGACGGAUUCACGCUGCCGGCAUUCCUUGUCCCGAACCGAUCUUCCUUCGAUUACAUGUUCUGGUCAUGGGUUUUCUUGGCAGCUCCAAGGGACUAGGUGCUCCCCGUUUGAAGGACGUGGAGUUCAAUAUUCCCGAGCCCGAAACGCGCUGGCACAGCCUGUACGUGGAAUUGCUGGGACUUAUGCGCGUGAUGUACCAGACUUGCCGAUUGGUGCACGCUGAUCUAAGCGAGUACAAUAUCCUCUAUCACAAGGAACGCCUCUACAUCAUCGAUGUCAGUCAAAGUGUCGAGCACGAUCAUCCCCGCAGCCUGGAGUUCCUGCGCAUGGAUAUCAAGAACGUGAGCGAUUUCUUCCGUCGCAAGGGCGUGCAUACGCUGUCUGAACGGACGGUGUUCCAGUUCAUCAUCGCUGCUGAAGGCCCUGUAGAUAUGACGUCUUCGAACCAACAGAUGUCUGAAGAAGUUGACACCGCCGUCUUCCGGCAGCAAUACAUUCCUCAGACUUUGGAGCAGGUCUAUGAUUUUGAGCGUGACGCAGAGAAGAUCCGUGAUGGCAGCGGCGCCGACCUGGUGUACGGUGAUCUCCUAGCCCGGGGCAAGAAGGAAGAAGAUGCCGAGUCUGAUGCUAGCGGCGGUGUCUCUGUAUCGGGCUCAGAGUCUGAUGGCAGCGGAGACGAAGUUGACGGACAGCCUCGUGAUCCGUUCGACAAGAAACCGCCGCGAGGGAAGCGUUUCGAGGACAAAGACGCCAAACGCGAACACAAACAAAAGGUCAAGGAGGAAAAGCGUGAGCAACGGUCGAAGAAGAUGCCCAAGCAUAUGAAGAAGCGUCUCGUUUCGACAUCCACGAAAAAGAAGAAAUAG